CAAGAUCAAACACCUUGACGAGAAGCGUCAAGAUAAAAGUCCCUUCGGAGUUUUGACGUUUAGUCUUAAAAAAAAUCUCAGCGAGAAGGAGAGGCGCGUCUGUCAGUAAUUAUGGGAUUUACACCUUUCGUCUUCAACCAAGUUGUGGCUGCGCUGCUUGUCACCAGCAUCUGCGCGACCAAAAUCAACGUGCCGCGCCUGAGACUCUCCCACAAAGACCUGCUGUCCACCAACAGGUCGUCCAUCUUUAGCGGCCAUGACGGCCAGCUGUCACUCAGCGCUGUCCUUCUUGAUGAGUACCGCGAUCGGCUCUUUCUGGGAGGUAAAGAUGUCCUGUACUCUCUCAUGCUGAGUCCCAUCAGCAGUGAAUCCAAAGAGAUCUACUGGCCCCCAUUACCUGGAAACAGAGAAGACUGCAUUCAGACGGGGAAGGAACAGGCGGAGUGUGCCAACUUUGUUCGCCUCCUGCAGCCGUACAAUCGCACUCACAUAUUGGCCUGUGGUACCGGUGCGUUCCAGCCCAUGUGUGCCUUUAUCUAUGUGGGCCACAGAGGAGAGCACGUGUUCACCAUGAACCCACUGAAUGUGGAGAGUGGACGAGGAAAGGUUCCACAUGACCCCAGCUUUCCGUUUACAAGCACCUUUAGCGGUGGAGAGUUAUACACAGGACUGACUGCAGAUUUUCUUGGAAGAGACUCUGUGAUCUUCAGGAGCAUGGGAGGUCGCACCACCAUGAGAACAGAGACUGACCAGAAGCUUCUUCAUGACCCUCGGUUCAUCGCUGCCCACCUCAUCCCGGAUAACGAUGACAGGGACGAUGAUAAAGUGUAUUUCUUUUUCACUGAGAAGGCCUCAGAGGGAGGGGACAAGGAGGAGGCCAUCCAUACGCGAGUUGGACGAGUUUGUGUGAACGAUGUUGGAGGACAACGAGUUCUAGUCAAUAAGUGGAGCACAUUCAUAAAAGCCAGGCUGGUCUGUUCUGUUCCUGGACCUCAUGGCAUCGACACACACUUCAACCAGCUUGAGGAUGUUUUCCUGGUGCGGACCAAGGAUGAGAGAAACCCGGACAUCUAUGCCAUUUUCAGCACUAUCAGUAAUGUUUUCCAGGGUUUUGCUGUAUGUAUUUACCAUAUGGCCGACAUCAGAGAAGCUUUCAAUGGGCCCUUUGCUCACAAAGAGGGCCCUAACUAUCAGUGGGGCCCCUAUGAAGGCAGGAUGCCUUAUCCAAGACCAGGAGUUUGCCCAAGUAAAAUCACCAACCAGCCCGGCAAAGAGUUUGGCAGCACAAAGGACUUCCCUGACUCUGUGCUGCAGUUCGCCCGCAGCCACCCUCUGAUGUGGCGCCCGGUGCUCCCAGCACUUCGGCAGCCUGUGCUGGUGAAGGCCAACAUUCCUUACAAGCUGAAACAAAUUGUGGUUGACAGAGUGGAGGCAGAAGACGGGCAAUAUGAUGUCAUGUUUAUUGGUACAGAUGUUGGAACCGUUUUGAAGGUAAUUUCCCUACAUAGUGGAAACAGUCUGGAGGCGGAGGAGGUCACACUGGAGGAGCUGCAGGUGUUUAAAGUACCAGUCCCAAUCACUUCACUGGACAUAUCUGUGAAAAGGCAAGCCUUGUAUGUGGGCUCUGCAGCAGGCGUGGCGCAGGUGAAGCUGCAUCGCUGCGAGACGUAUGGGAAAGCCUGUGCUGAGUGCUGCCUUGCCAGAGAUCCUUACUGUGCAUGGGAUGGAUCCUCGUGUGCACGAUUCGUUCCAAACAGCAAACGUCGCUUCCGCAGGCAAGACGUCAAACAUGGAAACGCGGUGCUGCAGUGUGUGGACCAGAACAGUAGCGACUUGGACGUGACUGAGGACAAAGUUGUGUAUGGGACGGAGAAAAACAGCACCUUCCUAGAGUGUGUUCCUCGCUCGCCGCAAGCUUCCAUCACCUGGCUUGUCCAACGAGACGACCGCAAGGAAGAGGUGAAGCUGGAUGAUCGUGUGAUGUCAACGGAUCAGGGUUUGCUGUUUCGUCAUCUCUUCCGUCAGGACGAAGGUGUGUACAUCUGCCGCUCCCGAGAGCACAGCUUCAGCCAAACGCUGGCCCGCAUCUCCCUCCAGGUCCUCCAGACAGACACGGUGGAUGAGCUCAUUGCCCGUGACAUCGCGGGCAUCUCUGACGGAUUCAAAGACCGGUCUCCAGGGAACCACAGGCCCUGGAUGCCUUGCAGCACGGGGCCUUACAGCAGGGGUCAAAUCGGCCAGUCGCGCACGUGGUUCAAGGACAUCAUGCAGCUCAUCGGGCCGUCUAACCUGCCUCACGUUGAGGAGUACUGCGAGAGGAUGUGGUGCAACGACAAGCUCCGGAGGAAGCACAAGAGCAUGCUGGAGAAAUACCGCCAAGCUCAGGAGAGUGCCAGGAAGGCGCGCAGUAAAGGCUCCGGAGAACGCAACCGGACGCCACGAGAUCUCAGAGGACGGCCAGAGUAACGCUAGGGAAAAUGAAGGAUUGAAAUGAAAGAGAAUAAAGGAAGAUCCUUCGUUUUUGAUUCGGAUCAGGAUGGUUUUGGGAGCCAAUUAAAAGCCUGACCUAAUCAAUCGUCGUAUGAAAAUCUGGUGGAUUAGUCUGUUUUUGCCAUAAAAUAAGUAGAAUGUUUUCAUUUAAAAACAAAGAAAAAAGAUGAAUUAAUUCAUUUGAGUGUUUGACAGUAAGUGAUUUUAUUAAAGUUCAUAGGUGAAGGACAUGAACUUGUCUGUCAGUAAAGACUGAGAUGUUAUUAGCACACGGUAAGAAGAGACUUUCAUACUGAACUGUAUAUUACAGCAUAUUCCUAGGAUGUUUUUUCAAGUGAGAGUCAUCAAGAAUUUCUUCACUCACAUCAUUGUUUUUAUGUUACAGUGGCAAAUUUUAUCACAUCCCUCUAUGCCGAGAAAACUAAUACUGCAGAACUUGAGAUUUAUAAGAUAUGUGCAUGUCAGUGUGAUUUUUCUUAGUGUGGGCUUUGUUUCAUGUUUGCUAUUUAUCCUUAAUGACUUUUAUGACACUUAAUGUGUUGCUGAUAUUGAGCUUUUCCUUGUAAUUUGGAAGAACAUCUGAAAUUCUCCUGCACACAUUCUCACAUUAGCAUACAUUUAAUCCGCAAGUGAAUUUUGUUCCAUUUAUAUUUAAUGCUUGAUAUUCUAUACUCUUCACAAACUGAGUUUAUCUGAAAUUUCACUGAGCUACAACACUGAAUGCAUAAGCUCAAGUAUCUAAAGAUGACAUUUUCUGAGACGACUGUUGAUGGUUCAACGGAUCAAAGACAAAUGGUUUCAUUCUUCCUGCCUUGGGCUGAACUUUUCUUUAAACACAAGAUAAAGAUCAAAAGACCCAACUUGCCGGCACAGAGAUGAAAACUUCUCUGUGGAAAUUGUUUUGGUUACAGACUGUAACAAACUGUAGGACACAGGAAGUCCAAAAAGUGUGUGAACGUCGUGGAUGUGUGUCCAAAACCGGAUCCCACAGAGCAGACCGCGGCAUCUGGCACAGAGAUGUUCUGCAUCUCCUUUGGUUCCUGUGAAGCGAUCGUCAGCUUUGGACCUGGCUUUGCUGGCCUACAGUGACGUGGAUUCAGUAUGGGGCAGAUAGAAAAGCCUGAGUCGGUUCUUUUGGUUUUUAAAUGAGUUUCGUGACCAGCUGCAUGGAGCUCUUACAACACAGUUGUUGCCAGUCGGCUCCAGUGUUUAGAUGGAUGUUACAUUGUGUUUUGUUGCUUUAUUGCAUUACACAUGAGGCAAUGUUAUUUAUGCAUCACCAAGGGUUUUGGCAUAAGAGUCGCAGAUCAUUUCACAUGCUUACGAACCCUUUUCAUCAUAACAAAAUUGUAUUUUUUUCUUUCUAAUUAGAUUGUUGUUUUCAGAAUUGUUUCUUUUUAUCUAUUUUAUGCAGUAACAGUUUAAUUUUGUCCAUCAACAGACAACAUUUUAAGGGACAUUUUCCUUAAAAUGAUGGUUUCUGAGGUCAGGUCAUUUGUUUCCCACCUUUCUGUGGAGCUCCUCAGAGACAUGACAAGAAACCAUGACUGUCCAGGUUUUUGUGCUUUCUAUUGUGUAAAUACUAUUUUUAAAAUGUUACUUUUUGAACAAUUCUUUAUGUAUUUUCUGUUGAGUAUUUUUAUUUUUUUGUUUUAAAUGUGAUUUUUGUGCUUAUAGUAACUGGAAUUGGCUCAGAUCCACCACUAUAAAAUAAAAAUAGGUUAAAAGUGGAGCAGCAAGGAUAGAAAAGGAAAAAAAAUCUAUUUGAUUUUAUAAAAAGUUAUUUGUAAUGGAAAUGUCAUACACUCAAAUCUGUAGCAGUAAAUUGUAUUUUAUAAAAUUUCCUUCCCUUAAAGAAAAGUUUCAUUAGCAAAUGAAAAACAUUAAUUACAAGUAUGCACGUUUCAUAUUAAAAUCAUAAUUCAGAAAAGUAUUUGGCUCGAGUGCAAAACCCUGAAGAACUCCAUGGCAUGAAAAUAACAAACAUCACAUUAAUGUUAAUGGAAAAAAGAUGCUGUACUAAUUGUGUUCCUUUUUUAUUAGAAAAAAACCCCAUAAUACUGAUUAGCUUUGUGGUUUUACUGAGUGAAUGAUUUUUCAAGGUGAAUGAGAAAAAAAAAUGGCUCGGUAAGAACAGAGGAAGGUUUUAAAUGGUUUCUUUAAAAAGGUACUGAAAGCAUCUAAUGCAACUCUUUUUGACACUUCUCAAAUUUGUUACAUUACAUUUAUAUUCUGAAUUACCUGAAAACUAUUCCUUUAUCCUGACCCUUUGCAUUCUGGUAUGUAGAGCACAACAAAGCACAUAAAAACCUUAAGGCUUGCUCUAAAUAUUGAUAAGUGUGUAUUCCUAAACUAUGAAGAAAAAAGAAAAAUUGAAAUUGAAUAAAUUAAGUUUAUGUAUUCAUUGGCUCUUUUGAUAUACCUGCUCAAUUUGUAACCAUUAAAAUAAUGUUUUAACGUGUUGAAGCUGAAUUUUCUAUUUUAAAACAGAACUUGACUAAUUCAAUACUUAACUCUGAUACGUUGUGCAGUUGUUGACAUGAACAAAUAUAGUUUUCUUUGCAUUCAGACAAACAAAAUCCUUCAGCUGCAGUUACAACACAGUAUAAACUGUAUGUUGAAAAAUUUAAAUUUUCUUUGUUUUAGUUUGCCUCAUUCAGUGAAGUAAUGUUUUAUUGUAAAAAAAAAUUGAAACAGUGCUUGUGUUUAAUGCUGACUCCAUGAAGCACAGAAAUUCAACAAACAUGUCAUCUUUAUCUAACAAUGUUUUUUUACAGUUCAAUAAGCAGUUUCAUUUUGAUAUUUUACUUUUAAGCUUGUGUUCUUUUCCAGAGUUAGAAGUCCAUAGAAAAGUCUGCAUUUAAAACUGAAUGCAUAAUUUUUAUAUAUAUAAAAAAAAGAAAAACUUGCAUUGAAAUGAACUUUGUGAACAACUUUGUUAGCUGGUCAAUGGGUGUAAAAGGAAAAUUAAAUAUGUAUUUAUGUUUUAUUUAAGUCUGUUUCUACCAUGCAUGCUACAAACAUGUAUACUGUUUAAAACAAUUAAAGGUUGAUUGUUUUUAAAUCAAAAGCUGA